ACUGUGGUCGUGCCAGAUGUGCAACAAAAAGUACACCACCAAGAACCUGCUCGAGGUACACAUGAACAGCCACACCGGAGAGCGGCCGUACAAGUGCAGUAUCUGCGCGAAAGACUUUUCCUCCAAGUACGUGAUGGCCGUGCACAUGAAAACGCACAACGAUCGUGUCCGGAACUUCGAGUGCAAGAUGUGCGGUAGUUCGUUCUACAGUCGCAACAAUCUGAGCCAGCACGAGCGCACCCAUUUCGAUAAGCGGGACUUUAAGUGUAGCGACUGCGGAAAGGGUUUCCUUUCGCAGCACAACCUGAACGUGCACAAAAUCAUCCACGCCGGCGUCAAACCGUUUACCUGCCGGACGUGCGGAAAAAGUUUCGCCCGGAAAGGCGAAAUUGUCGACCACGAACGGAUUCAUACCGGAGAGAAACCAUUCACAUGUGACUUUUGUCCGGCAAAGUUCGCCCAGCGCUCCAACCUGAUCUCGCACCGUCGGGUGACCCAUUUGAACGACAAGCGGUACAAGUGCGAGGAAUGUGGCGCCUGUUUCAAGCGCCAACGGCUGCUGCUUUAUCAUACCCGGGCCAUGCACACGGGAGAGCGGCCAUACAAGUGUGAACAGUGUGAGGCGACGUUUGUCUAUCCCGAGCACUUCCAGAAACACAAGCGUAUCCACACCGGCAAGAAGCCGUACGCGUGUGAGGUGUGCAAUAAGACGUUCAACACCCGGGACAACCGAAAUGCGCACCGUUACGUGCACAGCGACAAGAAACCGUUUGAGUGCGUGUUGUGUGGAGCCGGCUUUAUGCGCAAGAUGCAACUGUACGCGCACAUGCAGAAACGUGGCCACCUGAAUGACACCAUCAUCGUGAACCAGCCGCGCAUCAACGCCAACGAUACACUGGAGUAUACGCACGAACCGAUCACUGAAGAAGUAGGCGGUGACGAGGAGCAGUUGAUUGACGAAACCAACGACCUGAACGUCAAUAUGCAGAUCAUUUGCGAGGACAAUUCGAUCGAUGACCUUAUCGAAACGGACGAGUACUACCCGCAACAGGACGACCCAACGACCGAGCACAUGCUGGAUGAAACGAGCAGCAACAGUAUGACACUGGCCUCCCAGCUUGACAUUGCACAGAGCGAAGACUGGGAAAGUCUUAUCGUGCAAGGCUAAAAUAGCCAUCUUGGAUUGGAUUUGGAUUUUUACUUGCAUUUAGAGCGGGACAGAGUAAAGGAAAAAGAAUCUUGAAGAUGGCUCGCCUUGCGAUUAGCAGUCGCUGUGCCAAGGUGUGUGUAUAUAUUUGUAUCCGCUUUAUACGCGUAAGGCCUAGUUCUGUACUGGUUGCAGUAACCGUAAUCAAGUGAAAAGAGACGAAUGUUUGGCUAU